GCCAACUCCGCUUCCUUUUUCCAAUGGACUCAACCAAUUUCUCUGUUCUACUCUUCGUCAUCUUCUUCUUCUUCUUCUGUUGCUGUCAUCUUGGUUUCUCUUGCUGGAAUACACUGCAAUGGGAGCUGAGGUUCCAGGAAUCGUCAAACUCAAGUGUUCUGUCAAGAACUAUGACUGGGGUAAGGUUGGGAAGGAGUCGGCUGUGGCGCGCUUGUGCGUCAAGAAUACUGGGGAGGAGACCGAUGGUGAUGAGCCCUACGCCGAGUUCUGGAUGGGGACUCACGACUCUGGGCCAUCAUACGUUGUUGUCUCCGUGGAAGCGAAUGGUGGGUACGCAAAUGGUGGUUUGGAGAGAGAGGACGGACAUGGUUGUGAGCGUAAGUGCUGUAAUUUGGUUAGUUUGAAGGACUGGAUUGAGCAAAACCCAAGUGUGCUGGGGGAUAAGGUGUUGCGGAAGUGGGGUCCUAAUCUUCCGUUUCUGUUCAAGGUACUUUCAGUGGCAAAGGCGCUGUCCAUACAGGCUCAUCCAGAUAAGGAUUUGGCUGCAAUCCUGCAUAAGCAACAGCCAGAAGUUUAUAAGGACGGCAAUCACAAGCCUGAGAUGGCUUUGGCGCUCACUGAAUUUGAGGCUUUGUGCGGGUUUGUCGGUCUUGAGGAACUUAAGACUGUUGUUCACAGUGUACCUGAGAUCAUUGAAGUAGUUGGCAGUUCAUGUGCAGAGCAAGUAUUACACAUUAGUGAAGAGGAUGGAGCGACGAAAUUGAAAGAGGUCUUGCAAUCCCUGUUUACUAAACUCAUGUCAGUUAGCAAGGCCGUGAUAUCUGAAGUAAUCUCCAAAUUGAUAAGCCGGCUGAAUUUAAAACGUGAGGUGAGGGAGCUAACAGACAAAGAGGAGCUGGUGUUGCGGCUAGAGAAGCAAUAUCCAAGGGAUGUUGGCGUGCUAGCAGCAUUUCUGUUUAAUUAUGUGAAACUAAAUCCAGGGGAAGCUCUUUACUUGGGGGCAAAUGAACCUCAUGCUUAUAUACAUGGCGAGUGCGUCGAGUGCAUGGCAACAUCAGACAAUGUUGUUCGAGCUGGCCUUACUCCAAAGAACCGGGAUGUCCAAACUCUCUGUUCCAUGCUUACAUACAAACAGGGUUUCCCUGAAAUCCUUCCUGGAGUUCCUUCGAAUCCUUACACCGUGAAAUAUCUUCCUCCUUUUGACGAAUUUGAGGUUGAGCGCUGUAAUCUACCACAGGAAACAUCUACUGUUUUCCCUGCAGUGCCUGGUCCUUCUCUUUUCGUGGUUAUGACUGGAGAAGGAAAAAUGCGCACGGCCUUCUCUGAGAUGUUGAUUGCCGAAGGUGAUGUGUUGUUUGCACCUGCAAACACUCAGAUUGCAACAGAAACUAUUUCGGGUAUGGAUAUAUAUAGAGCAGGAGUGAACAGCAGGUUUUUCGAGAAAUCGGAUGCUUCAGCACCAAUCGAGCAGCAGUAGUAAUUGGGAGUUCUUUCCUUUUCUCUCUGUCUAUGUCUUGCUGCUCUUUUAUGUAAUAAUAUGAGCUUCCAGUUGUAAAUUUUGCCACAAGCUACGUAAUAUAUGUUAGUAUAGGAAUAAAGAAAUAUUUGUACGUCUCAGUGGUUUUGCACCAGACGGGAUAGAAGCAAAAAUAAGUCAACAGGGCGGCCGUUGGGUGGCAAUAAAUGUUGAAUGUUGAGAAGGGUGUAACGAUUAACUUCACUACUCUAACGACAUUUUAUUCGAUAUAUCUCUAUUC